UUCCUUCCCACUUUUGUUUUCUCCCGCGAGCAGCUCCUGCGACAGCUGAGCUGCGGCCGCCGCCGCCACACUUUGCUUCGCUGUGAGCAGUCCCGAGCGAGAGCCGGUGGGGGUGUCGGCGAGGGUCUGCCAGCGAGGAGAUCGCCGCCGCUGCAGCCUGGUGUGCGCGCGCUCCAGGCUGCCCCGCCACUCAGGCACCGGGUUGCAGAUGCCGCCAUUGCUCCUGCUAGGCUGCUACCCUCCGUCGCCAGCCGUCCGCGCUGCUGCUGCCACCUUCGCCGCGCACCUGACCGCGCCGCCGCCCGGGAGUCGGCCCACGCAGUCGUGUCGUGUUGCCCUCUGCCGGCGCGCGCGGCAGACGCAGCGUUUGACGUCUAUCUUUCUGGCCAGACGCAUUCCUCGGUUAGUUCUGCGAGUUGAUUCCUUACAUUCCGGUUUACGAAUCAAUGGAGGUGCCCUCGGCGAACGCAGAGCAUACAGAGGCUAAAGUCAACCUUAACAUGGAGGAUGCUAAUGCAGUAGUAGAUUGGAAUGUUGACAUUAUUGGCCCAGAUGGUGGUAGCGGCGCUUGCCGCAAAUUGGCGAAAACUGAAGACCCCGAUGCCACGGAGUGUUCAAGUUCCUUUGGGGACACACUAUCCGGAUCUCAGGAUGAUGCAAAGCCUUCAGAGAUUAGUGACAUUGAAGUAGACUCACCAUUCUGCCGAUAUCCUCAUAAUGGUGAUGCUGCUGCACUCUUGGAUGCAGCCGCUGCUGACAAUUUGGAUAGAUUAUUGAAAAAGAAAAAAGUGACUGAUCAUUGGAGAAGCUAUAUCAGCCCAUUAAUGUGGAGAUGCCAAUGGUUAGAGCUGCGGAUGAAAGACUUGCAAUCUCAAGUAUCCAGAUAUGACAGGGAGCUUGCAGUACUUAAACAUGAGAAAGAGUUACAGACAAAAAUGAUUGAGUUGGACUGUUCCUCGUCGAGAUCAGUGCCCUUCUCUUCUCAUUGCUGCAGGAAGACUAUGAAGAGGAAGAAGAGAAAGAGAAAUGAGGAGAAAAUCAAUGCUCCCUCAUACAUCGCAACCCACACCAUAUUGUCUUAUUAUGAAAAAGAGAAAACGGAAGGUGAUGGCCAUUCUAUUGACGACAUUGGAAACUUAGCAGAUGACAGCACAAAAGGAAAUAAUGACGCUGACUGGCUACUCGGUAAUGGAGACGAUGCUACUGUCGAGCAGAUUCUUGUAAGCAUUCAGUCUGUUCAAGACAGAGUCUGUAGUCUGAGAUCAGAUCUCAAGAAAGCAAUGGCCAAGAAGAGUAAGGGGCUUCUCCUUAAAGUCAACACACAGGUCAACGGCGCACAGAGCUCUAAUUGCUCACAUGGAAAAGGCAAAGUUGCUGAAAUGCCUGAAAUAUCACCUCAAGAUGCAUCGGAUUGUGAUAUGGGUGAUACGGACAUGCCCGAUAGUGCUGUCUCAAGCUAUGGAGAAGCUAACAAUAUGGAUAUUUUUGAGAGCACGAUGAACCUAUUGUCAGUUGAAGAUCCAGAUAAAAUUGGUGAACUACGCCAGACUUCAGAAGAUGUAUUGAUCGACAACCAACCAGCUGAGGAAGGGUAUCAAAAUUUUGAGGUGAUCAGUCACCCAUGCCAGCGACUACGGGUAUCAGUCAAGAGGGAACAGGUACCUGUCAAGAGAGAAACUGUAGCACAUUCUGAGGAUGAGAGCGUCGCCGCCCCCAUGGCGGUCGUCAAGGAAGAAGGCACAACCAGGAUGGGCCUCCAGGGGAUCUUGAAGCCCUGCUACACGGGUAAGAGAAAUGGGAGGAGGCCGAAGAUUCUAAGGCGCGGUGGUUCAUCAUCUGCUCUCAGCUCAUGGAGGAGCGCCCGCACUCGCAAGAAGAGGAAAUCGUAGAUGCAGAUCGUCUCAGUGAACACACCCUAUCCUCUCGCUUCGGUUCUUCCGUUUAAUUAGAUGAUGAUGACGGCAACUGCACACUUCCUCUCUCUUUUUUUUCCUUCUAUCUGACUGAUGACAUUUUCGCGGAGCCAGAAGAGAGUGAUGGAAAAUGGCGCUAUGGCUUUCAGCCGCGAGGUGCUUGUAAACCUAGCAAUGUCUGUUUCUGUUUCUAUUGUUGUUGUUGCGUCUGGUCUUUGUUCUGAAAUAGUCGAACUUUGGUUGUUACAGUGUAACUUUUGAAAAGGCUUUCCUGCAAUGUUGUUUAUUUUCA